AUGCUGGCAGCGGUACAAGACCCGCACGAUAUGGUGAGGGAACGCCGCAAGAAUCAAGAACUCCGCAAGGUGAUCGAAACAAUCUCAGAAGGCCAGCAAUACCGAAACAUUCAACAUGUGAAAUCAUGGAGAUCCGUAUGGAAGCAGCUUAAGUUGAAUGCCGCUGGUAUCUUAAUGAAACGGCAGCCAGGAAGAAGGUGCUUUGUGGUCGUCAUUCCGAACCCGCUGCGUCAAAUCCUUAUCAAAGAAGGUCAGGAACUGGCCCACACUGGAUGCGCUCAAACCUACGAUCUGCUUCGACAGCGGGUAUAUUGGCCAAAUAUGCAGACUGAGGUGUCAAAUCAGGUGCUGGCAGGUGAAAAAUGCUAA